AUGGCUCCAGAUACUUUUCCAAAAUUCCUCCAACUCCCGAAAGAGAUUCAGAUUCUCAUCUGGGAAGCUGCAGUCCGCCCAGUCCCUGGAGAUCACCAUGUUCACCGAUUCUACAUCGCCGACUAUCGCGUUCUCCAGCCAACUCCCAUGAAACCGAUACAAGGGAGAUUUCUUCGCUUGCUACGCACUAAGAAUUUCGAGUACGAAUCUGUGAACAUUGCCACAGGGCUUUCAUUAGCUAUUCCAAUGGACGAUGUUACGGGCAACCCAAACGACUCAGUCUACUUGACAGACAGCUAUCUGUGGACUUUUUGCAAGGAAUCACGUCAAGCGAUGGAAAGACGGUUCACUAAGAAUGAAUGGUGGUCGCACGUCAAGUCCCCCUUCCACCCAAAACGUACAGCAGAACCAGGCCGAUACAUCAGUCAAAAAGGUGCUACUCAUACUGCAUAUUACCAAGACAAUGAUGGUAAUAUCAAGCACAUCACAAUAGAUUUCGACAACGAUCUCAUCCACUUUGAUCCUCGAUGGCUUAGCCAAGUGGAUUGGUGGCAUAUUAACCCAACUGUCUUCUUACCUCUAUUCGACGAACGCCCCUCCAAUCGAAGAUCAGGAUUCAGCUUCGUAGGGAACAACGUUGCGAUGGAUUAUGACACCUCGAUUAUGGAUACCCUCAAGAACCGGAAGGUCCACUAUAGCCAGAUAGGAUUGGGGAUGACUCGUGGAGCUUUUCAAGACAUGAUCAGUUAUCUCCUUGACGUUGCCCAGGUCACGAUUUGGUGUAUCGAUUACAGCUUGAUACGGGCUCAGCAUAUCCCAAGAACUUUAGAAGAGGGGAGGGAACAGCAAGAUACGAACGCGGAUACCACAAGGGAGAUCUUCCGUUCGGAUGAUUUCAUUUACACGGAAGUCAAAAGAGAAGACAUUGGCACUCGGUGGGUCAUAAGCAACAGCAACGAUGAAGUCGACAGUGGCGAGACAGAGACUGCUUUUGACAUGUUUGAUACUCUAUCUCUCGACGAUGAUGAUCUCAGUCACCUUCGGGUUCUAGCUUGCGAACCAGUGGUUGGGAGGAUGCCUCGACCGCGUACACCGUGGGCACAGAGAUGCGUUGGUGAGCAAUGCGAGACUUGUUAUCCCGACAAGACCAUCCCUCGUAUCCCACCGUCUACCAUCAAGAGAGAAGGAUCAGAGAGUUCAUCGAAUAUUUCCAGCUCAGACUUGGAUUUAUUCGACUAG